AUGUCCGACUACGGUGGCGAUCACGAAGACCGCGAUGAGACCGGCUUCGAUUACGAGCCUCCGGAAUACGAUUAUAUUGACAACGAGCCGGAGGACUACGCACACCCGGAACAGGACGGGGAAGAUGGCACAUACGCGGUCUCAACGGUGAUGGGCAACCCGUGA